GCUGAACAGCCUGCAGUUGUUGCCGAAUACUUUGACAAGCUGUUGGAUGUCCUUGGUGAUAAGGGGGUCGACCCUGAAGAUAUCUGGAACAUAGAUGAGACUGGAUUUCGUAUUAGGAUAGGGAAGGACCAACUGAUCGUUACCAAACGCAAGCGGGCAUACUAUUUUGGCAUUACAGAGAACCGGGAGUUAGCUACAGCUAUUGAAGCUAUAUCUGCGGGUAGGAGGGUGAUACCUGCUUUCAUCAUCUUAGCCGGCCAAGUCCAUAUAUCGCAAUGGUACGAGCAACCCGAAUUGGACCCUGAGAUGGCGAUCAUUACAUCGGCAAGCGGUUACUCGAAUGAUGAGAUUAGCCUCGAGUGGCUACGGCACUUUGAAGAGCAUUCUCGACGAGGGAUGGUUAGGAAGUACCGGCUCUUGAUCUUUGACGGCCACGGCUCACAUUUUACUUGGGAGUUCGUCAAGUAUUGCGAAGAUCAUGAUAUUAUUCCAUUCGGCCUGCCACCACAUCUUACACAUCUAAUCCAGCCGCUCGACGUUAUUGUUUUCCAGCCAUUGAAGCACUACCAUGCGAAGGAGCUUGAUAUCUUGAUCCGCGACGGCCUGAUCAAUAUCACGAAGAUCGAGUUCCUUAUUGUCAUCUAG